AGUUGUGUGUCUUUGUGUCAAUGUCUGAUUGUAAUUGUACGAAGUGUUAGUCUUUCCAGUAACUUUGCCUGGUGAUUCUUGUAUGUGCGUGGGCGUAACUAUAUGUUUCAACAUCAGAACCAACUCUACACAACACAGCCAAACCCAUUAGCUUAAAUAGAAGCUAACAAACAGUUGCUGUAAACAUUACUGUAACAGAGUCCGGAACUGUGCAUCAAGCCUUGUCUGCAUAGCUGAACAGUAACCAUGACAUCACGCCACUCCCCCUCGAGGAAUUCCCCCCACACAGUCUCACCAGCCUCGUCACCACGCUCACCACACUCGAAACGAAAUCGAGGAACUGUGAUUGUCGAACAGAGCCUAGUAUCCGUCAAGGCCGAUAAAAACGAUGACAUCUCGUCACGUAAAUCCACCGGCUCACUCAGCCAUGACAAAGUACACAUGUCCUCUCUACAUCGGAAGUCAACAGGAUCAUCGAUUAGCGACCACCAGAGAGACUCCCGUUCCUCUGAUUCCCCCGUCCGGUCCAUCCUGUCCCCCCACUCGAGCUUCCUCCCCAUGGAGCACACACAGAGCACAGACUCCCUCACACAGAUCUCCCCGCCUGAUAGCGUUCACAGUAGUGUGAGCUCUCUACUAGACACCUCCUCCAGCGUAUCAAACCUCACCAUUGUGACCUCAACCGAAGAUCGCAUUCUAGAUGAACUAAAGAGACAGAUAGCACAUGGUGCAUUGCAUAUUCAGCAACUCGAGAAAAAAGUUGAAACUAUUCCACUACUCACCGUAAAAGUUGAUGAACUUGAAAGAGAGAGAGGAAAAUUAGCAAACGAUUUAUUAGACAGUCAAGCGUUUGUGGAUUCUAUGAAACAACGUCUCUCGCUACUGCACGAACAAAACAAUCAGCUGGUGAAGCUAGCCCACUCAUCUGGUGGACAAUCUGCAGAGUUGCUGCGAAAUCGAAACGCACUUGUUGCCAGUCUGGCCCAAAUCAAGAAGCUUCAAGAACGCGUGGAUAGCAUACCCACGCUCAAGUCUCAAGUUAGAACCAUGACUGAGGAGAAUUCCCAUCUCAAGGAUAAAGAAGCUGAACUGAGUAGGAAAUUUCCUGACCAACUUCCGGAGGGCGUUACAAGAGCAACGUAUCAGUCGCUGAUUGAAGACAACACUCGAUUGACGGAGAAUAAUCAGAAAAUAUCUGGUGAGGUUAGGACCGCUCGGGAGCAGCUGGGUACUGUAACUGGUAACCUUGAAAGUGUCAAGAAACGAAUGGAUAAAUUUGAGAGCACACGUUCGAUUGUGGUCCCUUUACAACAACGAAUCAAACGAUUGGAGAAAGAAAAAGAUGAGAUUUAUCAAGAGUAUGUUGACGUGAAGUUUCAUCAUCAACAGCAGCAACCUACUGUCGAUAUAGAUACGGCUCACUUGCUAAACGAAGUAUCCACACUCAAGAAGAAAAACAGUCACUUACAGGCUAAACUAGAGACAGUCACGAUGGAGUCAAGACAGGAGAAGGAGAAGUUGGUCCUUAAACUAUUUGAACUUGAAUCUCUAAGUAUGAACUCUCAAAAGUACGAACUUGAAAAGAAACUUAUUGAAACUGGCACCCCUAGCCCGAUUGAAAGUCGGCGAAUCAGCGGUUCAAACCACACCCCCUCCCUAACGAGACGAGAUAGCAUCGAAGAAGAAAUGGCAGACCUACCUGCAGAGUCCAAAGUUCAGAUGCUCAAACUGCGACAGUUGCGAGUGCACAGUGAACAGUCACGAAGCAUGCUACAAUCAUUGAUGGCCGAGAGAGACCAACUAGAGCGUAAAGUCGAGGAACUAAACACUCUCAUUGACAAGAGGGCCCUCGGAGAUCUAGAAAAAUCCGUCGAAGAGAAAGAUUACAAAUUGCAGCUGGCCAGAGAGAACAUCACGAAGCUCGAGAAGGAGCUAGCUAUGGCUAGUGUUUCAGAACAGUCCGCUAUGGAGGUUAGAAAUAAGGAGAUGAUGAAAGAACUGGAACGAUUGAGAGAAGUCCAAUCAAAUUACGACGAACUAGUAGCCGAUCAAAACCAAUCGAGACAGUAUCGAGAAGAGCACGAGUUGUUAGCGCGCUCACUACAGAAGGCCAAAGAUGAUAAAUCAAAAGCGGAGAAACGCUACAAAGAUGGAAAAACUCGACUGAGAUCUCUAGCCAAAGAGUUAUCGAAUGCGGUGGAACUGAUUCAGAACUAUCAGUCGCAGUGUAUGCAUCUACAAGAUCAGCUGGAUCGUACUGGUCAGGACAUGCAACGUGUUCGCACAAUGUCUGCCUCGUACAGAACUAAACUAGAGAUGGCAGAAGUUGAGCAUUCCUCUCACGGGAAGAGUGAACUUGUUGAAAAAGACGGUCCAGGGAUAGAAGCUUAUGGCAAAGUUUGCAAAGAAAAGGAUGGUCUUCAAGAAACUGUCGAUGCACUCAGUAAGACUAUUUCCGAGCAACAAGAACAGAUGUGGAAGUUGAAAUCUGAGAGAGAAGAAUUGACAAAACAAUUGGAAGAGCUCACAAAAGAACUUCAAGUUUCUAAAGAACAACUAACGAAUGAGGAAAUAGCCGUUGUUGGGUUCAAAGGUGAACUAGAGACUGUCAAGUCAGCAAAUUCCAGCCUUGUAUUGGACAAUAAAAAAUUAGUGGAACAAAUACAAACGUUGCAAGAAGAGCUUGAUAAGAUGAAGUCUGAUGUUGUAGAGUUCACUAAAUCCAAGCAAGAACUAGAUGUUAUUGUCAAUGGUUUGAGAGAGUCAGAACAGAAAGUUCGAACUAACACUGAUGCUGAGAUGAUCAAACUAACUCAAGAGCUGGAGACAAGUCAAAGAAAUUGUGAAAAACUGCAAAAAACACUCACAGACAAAGAAAAGUGUUUGGAACAAGAAACUGUUUUGAAACAACAAUUUGAACGUGAUACCACAGGACUUAAAGCCCACACUGUUCAAUUAACUUCUCAAGUCGAUUCUUUAAGCAAAGAAAUGGCCGGUUUGUCCUCACAACACAAGACUACUCUAGUGGAAGUGAGUACUCUCAGACAAUCUAACAUUGCCACUACUGAAGAAAUGACGGCAAAGAUGUCUCAAGUAACAGGCCAGCUUCAGGAGGCAGUAAAAGAGAAGCAAAGGUUAACAGGCCAGCUUCAGGAGGCAGUAAAGGAGAAGCAAAGGCUAACGGGCCAGCUUCAGGAGGCAGCAAAGGAGAAGCAAAGGCUUGACGGGGAACUAAAAACACUGAAUAAAACGUCUACCGGAUCUCAUUCUCUUAAAAUGGAGUUUGAAGCAACUGCCAGUCAGAGAGACAGUGAUCACCGGAAAGCCAUCAGCAGCAAGAACAAGGAUAUCAAAGAGCUGGAACAUACAGUGACCAAUCUCAGAGAUGAAGUGGAAGCAUACAACGCCACCAUUAAGAGCUUACAGCGUCACAUUGAAGAGACUGAAACUCGGGAAGUUGAACACGAACGGUUGAAACAAAAUUUCAAACAGUUGGAGAAAGCAUUGGGCACUUCCUCACAUGACAAUAAAGCACUAUUUGCCAUUCUUCAACAGACACUUAAAGAGUUGCCUAGUUACUCGAGUCAAGCUUCUCGUUCUUUACAAGAUGAGAACCUACGUUUAGAAGAACAGGUAAAUGUGCUGAGUCAGUGGAACGACAAGCAACGCAACGAAAUUGAAACUCUAGAAAUGACGAUCGAGAAAUUGGAAGAUGAUAAAGUUCAACUACUCAUCGAUAUUCAAACUAAGGAAAAUUCCGCUCAAGAAAAUUCUCAACUUAAAAGAGAAUUGAAAGAAGUUGAAAUGGAAGUUGGUAGUCUGAGAAGACAGGCUCGCUCAGAGCUGCAAGAAGAACUGCAAGUUAAAAUGGACACACAGUCCCAGCUACUAGCUGUGUUCAACCAGCACAACACCUCGCUGCAGAAACAAGUGGUUGACCUUACAUCACAUGUACAAGAUUUAGGCGGCACUUUAGAACGGGAUAAACCUGUUUCCCCACCCCCCAUGCCGGACGUGGCCCUGGCUAUCCCGCGAGGGGACGUUCUGCGUCAGCGAUCACUCGGUGAUUUAGAGCAAGAGAACUAUAUCUUGAAGGAGAGGAUUGGAACGAUGGAGAAAGAAUUGAUGAAGUUGCAGGGAGUCUCGUCGCAGUUUAGACGAAGGAGCUCUAGCCUCAGGGCAAUGUUCUCUGUGCCUGUUCGACCAAUCAACGAAGAGCUACAAGUCAGUGUGCCCCCUGAGUUGCUGCUACCGUGCUCUCUAUUGGCUGACUACAUCAGCGAGUUCAACACCUUACAAGGAGAUCCCGCAGAGAGUUGGUUGGAGAGCAUCAGGAGUGAGUGGUUUGCAUGCAUGGCACAGCGAACCUUGACCCCAGCCUGCGCCCAGUGCUACAUCUCGACCCUCUCCAGACUAUCUGCCAGACUAAUGGAGACUGUCAUCAAUAUACAGGACGAGAAGGGCAACACUGCACUGCACUAUGCCGUUGCUAAUGGCAACUUCCCUGUGGCUAGACAGUUUGUUGGACUGCGCUGCUGCAGAACUGGGCUAAUGAACAAGGCUGGCUACACUCCACUGAUGCUGGCAGCUGCUUGUUGUGUGGAGGUGGGUGAACACAGAGAUAUCAUGGGACACCUGGUGGACAGGGGGGACAUAAACAAGGCAGCUGACAAGGAUCAAUGGACUGCUCUGAUGUUGGCUGCCAUGCCUGCAGUGGUUCUCUGGAGAUGGUAUCUCUGUUCCUGGAGAAAGGUGCCGACGUUAACCUCCUGGACAAGGUGGGACGGCUCCUCGGCACUCAUGUUUGCUAGUCAGAGUGGUCAUAUGGAGAUAGUAGGGUCACUUCUCACACACCCUCACACAGAUACCAGCCUCAUGAUCAGGGACAAUGACGGCCUAACAGCUCUGGACAUUGCUAAAGAGGCAGGAUUCACUGAACUAAUGGCGUUGCUGGGGAAACGCUCCAAAUCAAAAUAUAAACGAUGACAACAGUCUCUAGGAUUGUAGAUUUUAUCAAUGAUCAUGUGCCCAUUUUUUGUAUCUCUUUUAUCAUUCUGUGUUGAGUCUCAGGCACUCCUGUAUAAUUAUGGUUGAGUA